UAGUGAGACAAAUAUUCCAACACAUAUUGAAACCCAUGAUUUCAUGGUGUGAUCACAAAGUGACAGAGGAGGGACAGACACGUGCGUAAACACGAUUGAUGAUGGUAUGCUGAUCUGUCGGACGUCAGCGGGGACACCGAGGGAGCUGACGGUGAUCCUGAGCAGCCCGUGGGGCAAAUAUACAAUUUUUUCCCCCCACUCAUAAAACGCGGAGGUUCCACGGAGAGGAGGAGACGGGGAGGACGUCCCUGCAGCCAGUCAUCAUCGGCCACCAGGACCGCCCGCGUGCCCCUGCCUGCCAGCCGGAGCGGAGGCGCGAGACUCACACCGCGAGGAGGAGGAGGAGGAGGAGGAGGAGGGAGAAUAAGAGCCCGUCUGUCAGAGUUAUUACCCGGUGUGCAUGUAGAGAAGCGGACGAGGAGUCUUUCAUUUCCAGUUCCUGACAGGACGCAUUUUUCCCCGCAUCCUCCCUGGUUGGUGAGUGGCAGCUCUGGUCUUCACCUCCAGCCAGAGUGGACCGUCACCCCACUCUGAGAAAGGCACCAUGACCCAGGAGGGGCAGGCCCUGCCCACUCCCACCGCACCGGAGAACACGUUGGGGCCUGACGCAGCAACAGCCACGACAGAUCCACCUACAGGAACCCACAAUGAGGAGGCUAAGGACAGGUCAGAGGCUGUGGAGAGGGACCACAGGGAGGAGACCAUAGCAAGAGAAGAGUUGGCACAAAGUGAAGGAGAGGGGAGGGCAGAGGGAAAAGACCAGGGAGGAGAAGGUGAGCUAAAUAAGGAGGGGGGAGCUUCCACUGAAGAAGAGCAUCAUCCGAGCAAAACAGAAGAAGAGAAUAAUGAAGAUAUUCAGCCAUCUGCAAAGAACGAAGCAACUAACCCUCAACCAAUGGAGCGACUUGCAAAUGGUAUGAGUGAGAACGAGGAUGAAGAUGCUGUUGGCGAGGAGGAUGGAGAAGAGAGGGAGGGACUUCCAAACUUGGACACUUUCAGCUCCAACUUUGAGACGACUGUAGAGCAGGCCGACACAGAGGUGGAGGACGACGAAGAGGAGGAAGGGCCCCAGAGAGAUGAAACAGAUAACCAGGACACUUUCAGCUCAGCGUUCGAGCAGAUUGUAGAGCAGGUUGAUGUUCCCGAAGAAGAGGAGAGAGAGUCUGAGGAAGAAGAAAAGGAGAAAAACAAGGUGGUGGAUAACAAAGAUGGCUUCAGCUCCACGUUUGAGCGAAUUGUGGAGUCUGCAUUGCUAAGGGGCGGCACAUGCUACAGCAGCCUGGACUCUCUGGACGUGCUGUCACUCACUGACGAGACGGACAGCUGCGUCAGCUUCGAGGCACCUCUGACGCCGCUCAUCCAACAGAGGUUGCUGUUGCAGGGACCUGAACCUCUGGAGCUGGAGUUGGAAACCGUUCAGGAACAAGAAGGGGCUGAGGCUGGACCAGAUGCCCUGGAUAGUGAUGAAACGACUGAGCCGAGCUCAGUGUGUCCAGCUGGAGCGGGUGGUGCCAUGGGGGGGAGUCCAUUAAGGACAACCAUCCCGGGGAGCAGGUCGGAGUUUGUACUGAGACAGCCUGGACGCUGGGCCAUUCCCAAUGGAUACCACUCAGACUCCCAGGGAGCCACUGAGGGCGGGGGAGCCAUGACCAGCUCUGUCAGCGAUGCCAACCUCGCAGACGUGCUAUCCGACACGGAGGAGUGUGAUUUGGGCAGUCUGGAGCACUUGGAACGAGGCAGCACAGACACUCUGGCCAAUGGCUGCCGGGUUGACUCUGAGGCGGCCAAGAGGCUGGCCAAGCGCCUGUAUCACCUCGAUGGUUUCAAGCGCUGCGACGUGGCCAGACACCUGGGCAAAAACAACGACUUCAGUCAGCUGGUGGCUUCAGAGUAUCUGAGCUACUUUGAUUUCUCCGGCCUGUCCCUGGAUCGAGCCCUGAGGAACUUCUUAAAGGCCUUUCCACUGAUGGGAGAAACUCAGGAGAGAGAGCGGGUCCUCGUCCAUUUCUCCAGACGCUAUUGUCACUGCAACCCACAGACACCCACCUCUGAAGACGGAGCUCACACGUUAACCUGUGCCCUGAUGCUGCUGAACACGGAUCUACAUGGACAUGUGAACAUCGGUAAGAAGAUGUCUUGCCAGCAGUUUAUAAGUAAUCUAGAUGGUCUCAACAAUGGGAAAGAUUUCCCUAAAGAUUUAUUAAAGGUCUUGUAUAACUCAAUCAAGAAUGAAAAGCUUGAGUGGGCAGUCGAGGAGGAGGAGCUCAGGAAGAGCCUGUCGGAGUUGGUAGAGGAGCAAUGUGAAGGCGGGAGUAAGCGAGUUGCCAGGGUAACGGACGGAAGUAACCCUUUCAUCGCCAUUCCCAUCCUGCUAAACGCGGUCACCUACAAACACGGAGUGCUGACCCGCAAGAGUCAUGCCGACAUGGAUGGCAAGAAAACUCCAAGGGGUCGCAGAGGCUGGAAAAAGUUCUACGCCGUCCUAAAGGGAAUGAUCCUCUAUCUCCAGAAGGAUGAGUACAAACCUGACAGUGACAUCUCUGAGGUGGACCUGAAGAACGCGGUCCGGAUCCAUCACGCUUUAGCCACUCAUGCCACUGACUACAGCAAAAAACCCAACGUCCUGAAACUGAAAACCUCAGACUGGAGAGUCUUUCUGCUGCAGGCCCCGAGUGAGGAGGAGAUGAUGUCCUGGAUCUUCCGGAUAAACCUGGUGGCAGCCCUCUUCUCCGCUCCUGCUUUUCCCGCCGCAAUCGGCUCCAUGAAGAAGUUCUGCCGCCCCAUCCUGCCGUCCUCAUCCACCCGACUCAACCAGGAGGAGCAGCUGCUGAGUCACGAGAGCAAGCUGAAGCAGACCAGUUUGGAGCUGGAGGAGCACAGAAAAAACCAGCCCUCGGCCGACCCAAAGAGCCGUGACUGGGAGGAGUACCGGCUCAAAGAGCACUACCUCGCCUACGAGAAGACUCGAUAUGAGACCUACAUCAGCCUCCUGCAGGCUAAGAUCCGCACCGAGACGGACGACCUGGAGAAGAUCGAGGCCAGCGUGAUCGGCGGCCUGAUCUUGGAUGGCAGCUUGGCAGGUCGAGAGUGCCGCAUUAGAAAAACCCAAUCCUCCCCGUCCAUCAGCCAAUCCCAGAACGGGAGGAGCGCCGGAUGCACCGUCCCAGGACAGAGGACCUGAGAAACAGGGAAGACUUUGACUCCGCAGAACCCAGAAUACUUAGCAAUUAGUAUGUUCUGUAAACUGUCACUCCCCAGCUGUUUAAAACCUGAUGAGCAUCCUGUCCUUGAGCAAUAGCAGAAAAAAGCUGCUGAACCUCUGUUCUCUCAGCCUCUUAUUGCACAUUUGGAACCUGUGAUCACUGUUCAAAGCGACACCAUCAGUAUUAUUUUACCGCAGUCGCCUAGAAGCACCGUCAGCUUGGAGAAAACGUUCUACGUCGUUUUAAAUGGUUGGAUGACGGCUGAGAAGGAGAAAUCAAUCAGCAGACAUGGCACCACUGUAGCAUCGGCCUGUUUGAACUCAUGCUAACACAGCCAGGCACUGACGGGCAGGUGUAGCGACCCGACCUACAGGAUGGGUAGGUUGUUGAGUGUGAAGAGAAGGAUAAAGUCCCUGUUUAUAUUUAUUUAUUUAUUUAACACAGGCUUGUAUUCAUCCCAGGUAAAGGUGAACAUGAUGCUUCGUUGUCCUUUUGUUUUACCCCCAGAGUUGUUCUUUGGAGGCUGUAAAAUGGAUCAAGCUGUUAAAGCGAGCUGCUCCACAGAGGAGCUGUAGGUUUAGUGCCUUAUUAGAGGGCACCUUGGCUCAGAGAGAUCAAACGUCUGCUCAGACUGCCCCAAAAUACCAACAUGUGUUUAUCUAUUUCUGUUUUCAGGAGUUAAGAGGAUCUAAAGAGGUGCUGAUUUGAAAGAAAUCAUAUCCAGAACCAACAGAGCAGUUUCUGUUACAUUUUGUCACAUUUCAAACAUCAGGGAAUGUUAUCAGGAUUGUAUUUGAUAAAGCAUCAGAGUUGUGAGUCAUUCCAGAGUAAAAGGUAAAGAGGAGGCUUGACACCUGCUUUUCCUCAUUGCUAAAUCCAAUGAAACAUGUUGAAGUUUCUCGCUGUGACGUGAUAAAAUGUGCCUGGUGGGAUUUCUCUAAAGAUCCGCCUUAAGUAGGAUAGGAUGGUGAGGGAUGCAGGUUAUGCCUGCCACACUUUGAGCAUGUGUUCCAGUUGGAUCCCGAAGCUGAAAGAAUAAAAAAAAUAGCAGGGUUUUUGUUGCAUGACAAGCUGAUUGAGUGAGUUUGGCCUUCUGCUGGCACAAUCAGGCCUGGAUCUCUCCGAAGGCUCUCUAGCACAAAGGCAGCCUUUAUCUUUGUGACUAAACAUGCACUAUCCAACCCUUACGGCAUCUGACCCCACUAAGCUCUGAUUUAUAUGUUCCAUGGACCUCUUGUAACAAUUCUCUGGUCUGUUAUCUUAUCCAGCUUUGUUCGAAGCUGGUGUCUUUUUUCUUGCACCCUUCCUGCUCAAUCAAAGCGAUUUUUCUUUAGGGAAAAAAGUUGUCUGAUUGUUAAGCGGAGCAGCAGGACUGCUCCUGCUCUGUUUAAGUCAAUAAGCCUGUCGGUAUGCAGGAAUGGAGGAGGAGACGGCAGCAGAGUAGCCUUUAAAGCACUCGUCCUCUUGGUGUGAAGCAGAAGAGACUUUUUUUGCAGGAAAAGGGUCUGGUUUAGUUUUCAUUAGCCUGCUGCUCAAGAACACGCCAAACACACCUUCAGCUGAUGGGUUCUUUCCACAAAAAAAGAGGGAAAAAACAACCUUUUAGGGCAGAUUUUCCUGCAAGGAGAACAUGUGCAAGGUGAAGGGGAACAUUUAGUAAAAAUCAAAUAAACAUGUUUUUUUAUUUUCAUGUAUCUGUUUAUGACACAACUGUAGACCUGUAACUUCAGUGUCCGCUCACUCAGCCCUGGAUGCGGCUCAGUUCACGUUACCAGGGCUGAUCUGGAAGCUCUGGGGGGGCGAACUCACAAUGACUGCUGGGGGUCUGGGAUCCUUUUUAAGGUCUUGGCUGGAAACCUGGAGUCGCAGCUGGAAUCCUGGAAUCUGAUUCCCAAUCGGACAGGAAUCCUGAAGAAGAGCCCGUUUCUGAGGAGGACCUACCAGCUGUAUGGUCAGGAUGAACAGCCGCUUCCUGCUAGUGCUAAUUAUCGAUUCCCCAUGUUCUAGGGUAGGCCUGUGUUGUAAAAUAGUUGUGAAAAAAAGUGUUUUUUGUUGUUUUAUUUAAAGAGAAAAAGACGACUUUGGCACUUUGAUGUCAGCACUCGAUCUGUCUUUUUGUUUUGUUUGUAUAUUUGAACUUUUUGACAGAAUGCGCAUACUAUGUAAAGGACAUAUUUACUGAAUAUUUAGUCUGUGCUUCAUAAAGUAAGCUUU